AUGUGGAUCAACAAUCAGAGUUCUGUGGAUAAUUUUAUCUUAUUGGGAUUUUCUGACCGCCCUUGGCUAGAAACACCACUCUUCAUUGUCUUUCUAGUAGCGUACAUUUGUGCUUUAUUUGGAAAUAUAUCAAUAAUCCUAGUUUCCCGCCUGGAUCCCCAACUUGACUGCCCCAUGUACUUCUUUGUCUCCAAUCUCUCCCUUCUAGACCUCUGCUAUACCACCAGCACUGUGCCACAGAUGCUGGUUAAUCUCAGGGGACCAGAAAAGACCAUCAGUCAUGGAGGCUGUAUUGCCCAGCUCUACAUUUUUCUGGCCUUGGGGUCCACUGAGUGCAUCCUUCUGGCCAUCAUGGCCUUUGACCGCUAUGCUGCCAUUUGUAAGCCCCUCCAUUACCCAGUCAUUAUGAACCAGAAGCGGUGCAUCCAUAUGGCUGCUGGGACCUGGGCAAGUGGCUUUGCAAACUCCCUUGUGCAGUCCACUCUCACAGUGAUGGCCCCAAGGUGUGGACACAGGGUGAUAGACCAUUUUUUCUGUGAAGUUCCUGCCCUUUUGAAACUGGCUUGUACUGACACUCAUUUGAAUGAAGCUGAGCUCAAUGUCCUGGGGGCUCUGCUACUACUGGUACCACUCACUCUCAUCCUUGGGACUUACAUACUAAUUGCUCAGGCCGUGAUGAAAAUCCACUCUGCUGAGAGUCGCUGGAAGGCCUUCAACACUUGUGCAUCUCAUUUGCUUGUGGUCUUCCUCUUCUACUUCACAGCCAUCAGCAUGUAUGUACAGCCUCCCUCCAGUUAUUCCCAUGACAGGGGCAAGAUCAUGGCUGUCUUUUAUGGCAUUGUUACGCCCACCCUCAACCCUUUCAUCUACACACUGAGGAACAAAGAUGUGAAAGCAGCCCUGAGAAGGGUACUGACAAGGGGAUUUUGGAUCAGGACAGGAUGA